GAUCAACUGACUGGCUUUCAACAGUUGACUCGGCAACUGCAUAUAGCCAAUGAGAAGAUAGAGUUGAGCAAUCAACAGUUUCUGAAAACUGUAACAGAACAAAAUGUGGAACUACAGCAGCUACGAAAACAACUGAGGCAAGCCAAAAUGGAUUGGCAGACAGCAAAUGCUAAGGUUGAGGAAAUGACCAGGCUGACAGAGAAGCUUCAAGGCCAACUGCAGAGAAAGGAAGAAGAUGUGGUAUCUGCCCAGCAAAGAGAAAGAGCAGCUGACAAGCGCUUGCAGGAAAUGCAGUCGAGUCUAAAACAACUAGAAACAAGACUACGUGUUGCCAUCCAAGAUGCUGAACAGCUGAGAACAGAAAGAAUAGGCCUGGAGGAACAAAUUGGAGAGCUUCAGACAAAGAACGCUAAUCUCGAACGGGACAAGUACGAAGCUGUUGCAAAAGUCCAGGAUUGCAUACAGCUCUUGGAAGAAGCUAACCUACAAAAAAGUCAGGCACUCUUUGGGGAGAAACAAAAGGAAGAGGAAAUCAAAAAAAUGAAAGAUGAAAUGUCUCAAUUUGCAGAAGAUACUGCAGCAAGAAUCAGAAAGGCAGUAGACGCUGCGAAGAAGCAAUAUAAUGUGCAGAUUUCUCGACUAACAGAAGAACUUUCAGCUCUUCAGAUGGAAUGCGGAGACAAACAGGGUCAAAUUGAACGAGCCAUUAGAGAAAAGAGAGCAGUGGAAGAAGAACUCGAAAAGAUGUACAGGGAAGACAGAGGACGUGAAUCUGACAGUAGAAGACUAGAGCAACUGCAUCAUAAAUAUUUACUUGCGGAAACCGCAAAAGGUGACCUUCAGCUAAGUCUGCAGACCACAGAAAAUAAACUGAAACAACUGGAAAUGAACUCCGAGGAAGAGAAAUCUCGUUGCCAGGAAGUUAUCUGUAAAUUGCAAAGCAUUUUAGAUUCAGAAAGAGAAAAGAGUGCCUUUGUGAGUGAACAAAGGCUAAAACUUCAGCAAGAGAAUGACCAACUGCAAAAAGAAAUGGAGGGCUUGAGAAGAGUGGCCGUAGAGGCUCAACAAAAAGCUAAGAUAAAGAUAAGCACACUGGAGCAUGAGCAUGCUGUGAAAGAACAGGGAUAUGAAGUUCGACUUCAGGAAAUGGAAGACACCAGUCAAAAGUCUACCGCUGAACUUAGACGUCUGUUAGUAGCUCAGCAGAAAGCAACAAACAGGUGGAAAGAAGAAACUAAAACUCUUACUGAAACUACAGAAGCCAGGAUCAGUAAGCUGAAAAGUGAGCUGAGUCAACAAAAGCUGCGUAGCCAGGAGCUCAUUUCUCGGCUGGAAAUGGCAAAUGACAAGGUCACUGAGGAUGAAAAAUUAAUGAUGGAAUAUCGAGAAUACAUCAACAGGCUUCAAAGGCGGCUGAGCCAGGCGGAGCAGCGGGCAGCUACAGCAGCUCAAAAGCUCAGCCUGAUAACUACACGGAAGAAAAAAGCUGCUUCCCUGAAGGAGCUGGAAAGUAUCUAA